GGGGGUGUUGAAAUGAUUGUUCUGGGAGAAUUUGACCAAAUGUUAAUGAUUGAUUAUAAUCGUCAUAUUGUUUCAGAUUCAAAUUUAGGUUAAAUACAUAAUAAGCCUAUCCUUUUGAUAAUAUUAAAAAUGCAAAAUUUAUCUCAACCUUAUUCCUUUUCCAAUAGCUCGGUUGAUUAUUUAGCUAUAAAGAACGAAUAUGUUGACACCCCAAAACCUAAUAUAACAUACGGGUUAUUAAUUUUAUUAAUUCAAUACACACUUUUGUUACCCAUAAUUAUUAUUUGCUGGGUUUUUAUGCUUCGGUUUUUACGCAGACACGGUUAUAUUACACAAGUACAAGCCGAAGAACUUGCCCAAACAAUGCAAAGCCUACCCCUUCGCGAUAUUCAGAGAUUUACUCAAAUUUUCCACAAUUUUUUCACUUGCUAUUGGUUUAUUUAAUACUUUGUUUAUCUGUCGCUGACAAACGGGAGUAAAAGGAAAAGAGAUGCAAUAUAUUCAUUUUUACCGGCUGGCUAAUAUAGUUUUCGAUGGUGUAGUUGGUAGUCAUUCCGCCUCAGAAAAAAUAUGUAAAGUUCGAUACCCGAGUGAGAAAAUAAUUUUUCAGCAAUAAAAAAAUCAAAAUAUUUAGGUAUUAUAAAAUUGUCCAUUUUUAACAUUUGACCAUUUGUACAGUGACCAUUUGUCUGGUGACCAUUUGUACUGGGGACCAUUUGUACUGUUUACCAUUUGUACAGGUGACCAUUUGUACAGGUGACCAUUUGUACUAGUCUACUACUACCCCCAAAAACCAAUCUUUAGCCUUUCAAUCUGCGGACCCCUCCCCCUCCUGUCCGUUAUUAAAUUAGCGAUUGAAAAUCAAUCGAUAAUUUAAUAAUGGACAGAUAGUAGUAAUUAGUUUAUUAGUAUCAAAAGUUAACAAUUUGAAAAGCAUUUCCAAAAUAUAAUACUUUAAGUGAAAAUUAUCUUUUUUCCUUUUCAUCUUCCAUUUUUUAUACACAAAUACAUGA